AUGGUAGACUUGCAGUGUCGCUCAAUGAAAAAUAAUCUUAUCUUCAAUGGUAUACACGAGGAACGAGAUGAGGAUACAGAAUACAAAAUUAGAGACUUCAUAUACAACAUAUUGAGGAUAGAUCAAAAGAUAGAAUUUGGAAAUGUACAUCGAUUCGGGAAAGUUAAAGCAGGAAAACAGAGACCUAUAGUGGCCAGAUUUAUAUACUACAGAGAUCUGACACUGGUGAAACGAAACGGAUACAGACUUGAAGGUACUAAAUACGGAAUAAAUGAACAGUUUCCUGCUGUGAUCGAGCCAUACCCCGUUAUCAGAGAUCUCAAGGCAAAAGGACACAAAACAAAACUGGUAAGAAAUAAACUAUUUGUUGAUAACGAACUGUAUGAUAGUCUAAGACACCAGUCUCAUGAACAGCCACAGAAACAAGACAGACCAAUCCGACCCAUUAGAGCCUGGGAAAAUGAUAAAAGACCACCUGCUAAACGUCCAGCCAUGUUCAGCUCCUCAUCAGAAGGAUCUCCUAGAAUCACAACAUAG